AGGGUUCACGGGUCGCACUUUCGUCUAAAGUUGUCUUAGGGCUCUCUGUUUUUGCAACAGAGAAUAUUUUUCAUAUUAAUAUUUUGUGUAAAACCGAUUUAAAAUAGGUACUCAACAGGCUCCGGGAGACCAUAUCCAAGCGCUUCAGAGAAUGUUGGCUACAGGAGCAGCUGUAACCACAGCACUGGCGCAAGUGGAUAGGGAAAAGAUCUACCAGUGGAUCAACGAGCUGUCCAGCCCGGAGACUCGGGAGAAUGCCCUGCUGGAACUCAGCAAGAAGCGGGAGUCUGUGCCAGACCUGGCGCCCAUGCUCUGGCACUCCUGUGGCACCAUAGCCGCACUCCUGCAGGAAAUUGUCAACAUAUAUCCCUCUAUUAAUCCACCCACACUGACAGCGCACCAGUCCAACAGAGUGUGUAACGCCUUAGCACUGCUGCAGUGUGUCGCCUCCCAUCCUGAGACACGAUCUGCAUUCCUGGCUGCACAUAUCCCACUAUUCCUUUAUCCCUUUCUACACACUGUCAGUAAAACACGCCCGUUUGAGUACCUGAGACUCACUAGCCUAGGAGUCAUAGGAGCUCUGGUGAAAACAGAUGAGCAGGAAGUGAUCAACUUCUUACUAACAACUGAGAUCAUUCCCCUUUGCCUCCGCAUUAUGGAGUCUGGCAGUGAGCUUUCCAAAACGGUUGCUACCUUCAUACUACAGAAAAUCUUGCUGGAUGACACAGGGCUGGCGUACAUUUGUCAGACGUAUGAGCGCUUCUCUCAUGUGGCGAUGAUACUUGGUAAAAUGGUCCUGCAGCUGUCUAAAGAGCCGUCAGCUCGUCUGCUCAAGCACGUUGUGCGAUGUUACCUCCGUCUCUCUGACAAUCCAAGAGCGAGGGAGGCCCUUCGCCAGUGCCUGCCGGACCAGCUGAAGGACACCACCUUCGCCCAGGUGCUGAAGGACGACACCACCACCAAGCGGUGGCUGGCGCAGCUGGUGAAGAAUCUGCAGGAGGGGCAGGUGACAGACCCCCGGGGCAUCCCCCUGCCCCCGCAGUGACAUUCCUGCGUCUCCCUGCUGCUGGUGAGGGCCGUCAGCAGCGAGGGCCGGGAAAUGAUUAAGGAUACGGGAAAAAGAAAAGGCAGGAAGAGCUGCCUCUGCUUCCUGUGCCCUGGGCACCUGGACCGCGUGGGACACCUGAUGUUCUUGCUGAGGUUUUCGUAAGGUGCUCUUUGCAAGAUUUUCAUAGAGGAAAAAGGUGCUCUUAGACAUUUUUCUGUCAGCAAACCCAGCUGUGAGGGCAACAUCCACACACCUGUUUGCUGCUUCCCCGCAGUCUGCUGACCCCUCCCUGUUCCGAAGCAGCAGCGAGGAGCUACAAAUGCACACUCCUCUCUGGACCUCUGCCCCAAACUGGACUUUGAAUACCAUGCUUUGUUUGUGCUCUGUUACCAACUGUAUAAAUACUGUAAAAUAAACCACACCUUUCAGAACAUGCAUUAACAUGGUCUAAAGUUAUUGUAGGGAAUCUAAAUGCAGUUCCUUUACUGCCAUCUCUUUGAGUGAAUAUUCUCACAGAAGGAGAACACGUGUUCUGAGAGUAACUGAUUUUUGUG